CAUAAACAAAAUAAAUCAAAACAAGACGUAACAACCACACGUUCAGAAAAUAUGGCGAAAGUUUUACAAUUUGCUUUUAGCGGAUUACGAAGAGCGAACAAAAAUUUGAUUACUUCUGCUUCACGUCAAUAUGCAAAAGCCGCUUAUGAAGCUGAUGGCAAAACUAAAGUAUCAAUAUUAAAUACUGAACAAGAGUACGGCCUUAUGAUAACCGGGUUUAGUCAAUACGGAUUUCGCCUUAACAAUGAUAUGGUAAUAGUUGGACCAAUGGCAAUAUUUCCACGUUCAGUUCUUUCUUGGAAUGUUGGCUCCUAUGAGGAUAUUAACGAAGACAGCUUGAACUUUUUUUGCACUCUUGAACCUAAAAUUGACAUCCUUAUUAUUGGUAUUGGAGACCAGCCCGUUACGCAAAGUCUUUCCAAAGUUAUAAUUGAAUUCAUGAAAAAAUAUAAAAUUAAUGUUGAAGUACUACGUACCGAACAGGCCUGCGCAACAUUUAACUUUUUGAAUGCAGAAAGUCGUAUGGUGGCAUCAGCACUUAUACCGCCAGUACAUAUUAGCUACAACGAAAAUGAUAUUUUGCAAAGUAAAUUGCGUAGAAAAGAGAUUUAUGACGAAAUCGACUGAGAUGUUAUAUAUAGAUAUGAUAUUGAUAUAGAAUAGACUAGCAAGAAUGCAAAUGCUUGGACGUAUAUUAACUAAGUCAUAUAAGUGUACGCUAGAAAAAGAGUUAGUUGUUUUUCAAAAGCACAACCAUAUUUUUGAGUUAAACAAACACUGUUCAAAUAUAAAGUUUUAGCAUAUUGAAAAUCAA